GAGGAAUACGACGCAACAAAAGAGAACAAGCUCACACCUUUGCGUUCCUCCAAAGUGCCAUCUUCACGCAUCGCACGUUUGAUGCAUUAUGGUUCCUUGGGUGCAGGUUUGGCUUGGGGCGCUGCUGGUUCCUAUAUCCGGGGCGAAUCUGUUGGAGGAGAAGGAAAGCAAUUCAUGAGCGAUGACAACGUUCGCAGAUUGGUCGAUAAGUUGAGUACGAUGCGUGGUGCAGCAUUGAAGCUAGGUCAAUUUAUGAGCAUACAAGAUAGCAAUUUGUUACCGGAGCAGAUCGAACAGGUUAUGUUACGAGUGCAAAAUAGUGCACAUUAUAUGCCUCAAUGGCAAAUGGAAAAAGUGAUGAGGCAAGAUUUGGGAGAAAACUGGCGAGAUGGAUUUGAGGAAUUUGAGGAUGUACCGUUUGCCUCUGCUUCCAUUGGCCAAGUCCAUUCUGCAAUCUUAUCGCGCAAAUCUUCUUCACCUUUAGCCGGCCAAAAAGUUGCAGUAAAGGUGCAGUUCCCAGGUGUGAGAGAAUCCAUCGGCAGCGACUUGUCGAAUCUACGGUGGCUGGUAACUGCAUCGGCACUUUUGCCCAAAGGACUCUUUUUGGACAACACGAUUCGAGUAAUGAAACGUGAAUUGGACGAUGAGUGCAACUAUGAAAGGGAAAGAGAAAUGUGUAAACGAUUCGGAGAUUUGCUCAAUAAGCCCGAAAGUCUAUUUUCCGUUCCCAGGGUUGUGGAUGACUUAUGUUCAGGCCGUGUUCUGACCACAGAGAUGAUGAAAGGCAGACCUCUCACACAAGCAGCACGUUUCACGCAAGAAAAACGAGAUGCCAUUGCUCGGUCAAUCUUAGAGCUUUCAUUGAAGGAACUCUUUUCGUUCCGAUUGAUGCAAACGGACCCAAACUGGACAAAUUUCUUAUACAAUGAGCGAACGGGAAAGAUCGAAUUGAUCGAUUUCGGAGCCACAAGAGAGUACGACAAAGUGUUUAUGGAUGAUUGGUUGUGCAUGCUAAGGGCAGCAAUUAGCGGUAAUCGAAAGGAGUGUAUUCGAUGGAGUGAAAAAGUGGGCUAUUUGACCGGAGAUGAGAGUGAAGGAAUGCAAAACGCUCAUGUAGACUCAAUGAUCGCUUUGGGUGAACCGUUUAGGCAAGAUGCGCCAAAUCCAUACCCAUUUGCAGGCCAAACGAUUACCGAACGAGUAAGAGCACAGAUACCACUCAUGCUCCGUGAGCGUCUCACCCCACCACCAGAGCCGACGUAUUCGCUUAAUCGGAAAUUGAGUGGAGCCUUUCUGUUAUGCGCUCGAUUGAAAGCAAAAGUUGACUGUAACGAAAUGUUUGAAAACGUGACAAAGGACUACAUUUUGGGUCCCAAUUCAACGUCACAAACCAAAGCACCUUCUCCCAAUACUGCAGUACCGCUUCAAGCUUCACAAACACGGCCAUUCUCGACGUCUGCACUUUCAUAUUUUCCAGCACGACGUCAACGCUUGGGAAAUUUGGCAGACCGAUGGCCAAAACAUAUCAUAAAAGCAAUGGAGAAUACAUAUGCUAGCAAUCAGGACGAAAAUGGCAAAUUUGUUACAUUAGCGAAUGACCCCGUCUCCCCUUCAGCGACCAAUUCAACCGGACUUGAAACAGAUCCGUCAAAGAUUAACUUGGCUGCAGAGCCAGUUGGGGGUCAAAAUGUUCGAUCGGAAGAUCCAGCUUUGAGCCCUGUAAAUGCAUUGGAUGAAAAUACACCUCUUGCAGAAAGGCCAAUUAAUUUUCGUGGUAUUUCUGUUCCUCGUAAGCCAAGCCCACCAGGGCCAGAAGACUGCUGCAUGUCAGGAUGCGCACGUUGUGUGUAUGAUUUAUAUGCUGAAGAUUUGCAAGAUUAUCAACAAGAUCUAUCGGCAGCACGUACCAAGUUGAUGGCACUCGCACCGCCGAUCGCUAAUCAAGAUUGGGAUGAAGAUCUUUUUGGUCCAAAGCCUAAAUCACAGGAUAGUGAUGGAGAGCAUCACGAUACACGAUCAGUAGAGGAUAAAGCGCAGGAUGAAGUAGACGCAAUCAUUGGACGUUUGGAUCCGACAAUGAAAGCAUUCCUACAAUUAGAGAGAAGUCUCAAGCGAAAGGGAAAAGGUUCCAGAGAAGAGAAGAUUAAAACGUGA